AAAACAGGAAACGGAAAUUCAAACAUUAGCAACCACUGGGCAGCAAGUCUAGCAUUUUGUGGUAACCUUGUUUUACUAAACGAAUGUGUUUAUUUAAUUCAGUAGAAUUGUAUAGUGUUAUCUUAUGUUGUUUGCAAGUGUUCAGCUAGUGUGCGGUAAGCAAAAAUAUACGUGUCGGCGAUUAGUUUUUUGCUAACUAGCGGUGCUAAUGCUAAAUUUACGUUAGCAUUGUAGUAGCUUGACUCUUGUUGCUUUGUUGACGUCUGGCUGCAGAGGAGAAAUAGCAGAUCCAGAAGCUUUUGCUGUUUUGGGGGGCUGAAUAGUAAUGGCAGACCCUGCUCGGAUCAAACCUGAGGAUACAUCUGAGAGGGCAUCCUCCACAAGCGAAGAGCCUUCAAAGUCAGAGGAGGCUGAAGAUGCAUCUGCAACAGCUAAAGCUACAUGCGAAAACAAAGAGCCCUCUUCUCAAGAUCAACCCCAACAGGAGAAUAAAACAGAAACGGCAGCAGCAGUAGAAGACGAAGAUGAGGGAACCUCGAGUCAACCUGCUGCCAAAAGACUGAAAGUGGAGCCAGAAAAGAAAAAGGAGAAGCGCCACAAAGUUGAUGAAGAUGAAAUUCAGAAGAUGCAGGUUUUAGUGUCAUCCUUUUCUGAAGAGCAGUUGAAUCGCUACGAGAUGUACCGACGUUCUGCCUUCCCAAAAGCUGCUAUUAAGAGGCUGAUUCAGUCCAUAACCGGAUCAUCAGUGUCCCAGAAUGUGGUGAUUGCCAUGUCUGGUAUUGCCAAAGUAUUUGCAGGAGAAAUUGUUGAAGAAGCAUUGGAUGUCUGUGAAAAGUGGGGAGAUGCACCACCACUUCAGCCCAAGCAUAUGAGAGAAGCAGUAAGGCGGUUGAAGAGCAGAGAUCAGAUUCCCAACACCAAGUACAAGAAUAUAAUUUUUCAUUGAGGCACAUGCAUUUUAAAUCAUGUAAAGAUACUGCAUAAAGCUACCUGUGAAGAAAUGGUGGUGUCACCACAUGUGGUAAGCAAACUAGACAAUGAUUAUUUUCAGUUAACUGACCGGUCAGUAUGAGAUCCAGAUCCAGUCACACUCUCUAUUCUUCUCUAAUGAUCAGAAUCAGUGCUCGAUAAAACAUGCAUUUCAUUUCAUAUAUACUACUGUAUGUUUGUAAAUACAAUUUUAUAAAUAAAAAUGAAAA